AUGCAUGAACGCCUUCUCACCACUACGUCUCUAUCUGGUUAUAUCGGUGCCCUUCGCACGAAUACCUUUCAAUUUCCAAUCGUCAACAGACGAGGCAUCGUGACCUCUGUAAUCAAUCAAUCUCGGCUAAGUCAUGAUAUAAGAACUGCCUCAGAGAUUGACUGGCAAAAGUCCUUCAAUCAGGAGGUGUUCAAUAAAUCAAUCGCACUCUCCCGCAGUCGCAUGAACGAUGCAACAGAGUUGCGCUGCGCGCUCUUCGACAUCAAUGGCUGCGUCGAGAUGGCAGACACCCACACAACCAAGGCAGAAAUCAUGAAACACUACGGUAUAGAUGCCCGCGACCUAAGGAAUGUGGAUCUUGUUUCUGAGGGAAUCCCACAUGUAGUAGUCCGCCCGUCUACUAUAUUCCUCAGUAUCUUCAGCCUGCGACUUCUCGUGCAGUGUGAUCGCGUUCUACUCUUUCAUCUGGACACCGAAGGAACAGGUGUUAAAAUGCAAGAUAUAUUCCAGCACGAUCUCCAGAGCAAACUGCGCGCGGAUGGGUCUGCUUCCGUGACCAGUCUUCCAUAUGAGCUGCGCGUUCUCGACGCAGCCCUGGCAUCUGUCACAGCGAUGCUAGAAGCUGAGUACCUGCUCAUGCAAGAAGAGGUGCAGAAGCGGAUGCGUGAAAUGAAAGAGGAAGAUGCCGUGUACACUGCUUUGCGCGAAGCGCUCGAGAGCGGGAAGAAGUUGGGAGUCAUUGAGCAGCGGGCGCGUCAGGUGCGUUCAGCCCUCCAAGAGCUUCUUAACAACGACGAAGACAUGGCUGCCAUGUAUUUGUCAGAUCGCAAAGCGGGAAGGCCGCAUGAUAUAAAGGAUCACCAGGAUCUCGAAUACCUGCUUGAGGCUUACUACAAAAACGCUGAUGCAAUUGCAGAGUCUGCAAAUGCGCUGGUAAAGGAUGUGAAUCGCACAGCAAGAACUGUCAAGUCUAUCCUGGAUGUACGCCGGAAUCAGAUCAUGAUAUUCGAAGCUCAGCUUGAGAUUUGGAUGUUAGGGUUUGCUAUGUCUACUUUCGUGGCAGGUUUGUUUGGUAUGAAUGUUAUUAACUAUUUGGAGGACAGUAAAUCUGCAUUUAUAGUCCUUGUUUCGGCCUGUGCGUUGGGAACUGUGCUUCUUUCCAGAUUUGGAAUUUGGAAAUUGAAGAAAUUCCGCAAAUUGCAACUUUAG